UCCAUCUUACCCAUCAACAUCCACCUCCUUUGCGUGACAUCCGCCUCGCUUCACCUUCCUUUACACCUCGGAAUCACAUCUCCAAUCCCCUCCAGCACACGCCCUUCAUCGCCUUCUCGACCCUGGACCCUGAAAGGACCCGACGACCAUCACCAUCGAUCGAUCACGGAUCCCAAUCGAUCGAGAUUGCGAUUGCCUUGCCACGUCAACCCGUCGUCGACCAAUAUGAAUGUCCAGGACAUGCUCGCUGAUCGUCAGGCAGCGCUCAUGCAACGCCGUAGACAGAUCUCUAUCGGCAAGAACCCGCACGAUGUCACCUUGACUGGUCAACAUCAACAACAGCAACAUGAAUACCCUGCCGCACCCACCAACAAUGGCAACUACGCUGCUGGACAACCUCCUCUUGCUACAAGAACUGCACCCCCACCCCCAAACGCAGCCAACCAGAAUGUCUACCUCGGAGCGGAGCUACAAACCCAGACUCAGCUCGCACCGACAAACCCAUCAGUCAACGAGAAUGCUAUUGGCGGAGUCCCCGUCGCUUCAAAUCGAGGUCUGCCAUUCAACGGACCGCUUGGCCCGAACGGGAAGCCUCUUGUACAGCCUCAACCCGGUAGCAAGGAGGAUCUUAGACGGAGGAAAGCCAUCAGAGAGGAGAGGGAGAGGAUUGAAGCUGCCAAGCGAGCACAAGCCGAGAGCCAAAUCGCUCAGGCAACAUCACCCGCCUCUUGGUAUACUGCCUCUUCCAACACGGUUGCCUCCUCUUCUCAACAAGCUCAAGCUCAACGAAAUGUCGGCUCCAGCUUGUCUCCUCCUUCCGGUUCUACCUCGUCCACCAGCCAACGAUCCGCCCUCUCCUUUGCCGUCAAGCGUACCCCUGCUCAUCUCGUUGUCCCGGCUCGGUCAGGGAGCGCUUCCGGUAGCUGUGACAGCGGUGGGUCGGGAUCAUCGGGCGAGCGAAGGCGGACCUCGUACUCCACCUUGGUCACCGUACCUCAGGGUCGUCAACCCGGCUUGAUCGUCGAGGAAGACGAGGAUGACCUCAAGACCCCGACGCCUCCCGAGGUCAAGUUGGAAAAGGAACGGGCGUUGGCUGCCAUGUUCGCCGCGAGCGGGAUCGGAGCUGCACCCAUGACGGUUGACCUGCAGACCCGUUCAUAUGACGACGGGGAUGAUAGCGAGACUGGGGAGAUUAAGGCGGCGGUGAUCGUACGUCGCAGCAGCGGGUCGGGAGGGUCCCCACGACAGCUAGCCAGCGAGACAAUGGGAAGGUUGAGAACGAGUACUGAGACGGCUGGGAGUCGCGAGUCGACGAUGACGAGCACUGAUACUGACGGCAGCCUCAAGACGCCUACGACCGCCGAGUUUCGAAAUCGAAAUCAAGAUGGCACUGUGACUGGCACCGAAAAAGAUAACAACGACAGCAAUGUCUCUAUCCCGACCAUCAUCUCUAGCUCGGCCGACGAAGAGAACCCACGCAAAGAUAGCAAUGGUUCCGAUUUCGGAGCGUUUAUCAAAGGAUUCCCUGGAAACCUCGGUCAGAAGGCAAGGAUGGUCUCGGAUAUGGGCAGGAGGUUGUCGGGAAUGAUUGGCAAGGGGGAGUCGUCGACACCUUCUACCCCUGCUGGGAGCCGACGUCCCUCCGUUACCAGCAGCAUUGCUCCUAGCGAGAUGGACGCUGAUGGGAUGCCCAGGAACGCCAUGGGACGUGCUGUGCACCGCGACUUGUGGAAGCCCGAUCACCUCUCUACCAUCUGCGACUAUAUCUCUUGUCAAACCGAAUUCAACCUGCGCGUCCGCAAACAUCACUGUCGAUACUGCGGCGGUAUCUUCUGCGACGUCCACUCAGCAUACGCUCUACCUCUUUACUAUCCUCCUGUUGAAUACGACGACGAGGACAGCCGGUCGAAUCAGUCAUCAACCAUCAACCUUGUCGCCUUAGCUAGCAGGUUUACAGGUGGUGUCGCACGAAGUCGGGUCUGCGCGACCUGCUUUGAGAAGGUUGCACAUCCGGAGAAGCUUCUCGCUCGAAGAGCUGCUGCCAAGGGCGUCAAAACUCGCCCUCUCGUCUUGACCAACAAGGAGGCCAGCGCUGAGCUUCCCAGCACGGACGAGGAAGACUCGGAUGAUUCGGACGACGAUGGCAAGGAGACGUUUGAAGAGUAUCAAGCUAGGAAACAGCAGCGAAAAGUCUCUUCGGCCAUGAACCGGGCUCCGCCUCGACGGAUGUUCUCCGCGCCGGCGACACCCCUGUCUCGCAGUCCACCCAAACCGUCUUCCGAGGGCUACGUGAUCAACAGCGCCAACGUCUCGCCUAGGGCUUCAUUCCGACACAGCAAACCCAGGGUCCGCACGACGACCGGAUCUCGCGCUCAGAGUAGAUCCGGGACGGCGUUGAGCAGGCAGGCUUCCCUCAGCUCGGCCAGAAAGGUCUUUUCUCCCACAGUGGAGGCGAUGAACCCCAACUCGUGUUCGCCCGCCGAGGGAACGAAUCGCAAUAGCUACUUCCCUGCCAUGCCACCUCCCGGGAUGGCUCAUCUUCCUGGCGAAGAACCGAACACGACCGUCUCGGGCAUCUUGGCCAGCUAUCCGCUGGCACACAAACCAGUCACCUCCCCUUCGAGCCCGUAUACCCCUCAGGUCUACUCCCAAUCCAGCCUCUUGACCCUCGGUAGUCUCGUAGGACCAGGUCGAUCACCCAACGAAUCAUCCUCUCGAGACAGCUCGCGAUCGAGGUCGCGCAAUCAGCUUACGAUCCAGAACAUGCCGCCUCUUGGUAUGGGACCGCUCGACCAUAUCCAUCAGAAAUUGCAAGGCGCCGGUCAGAAUGGGACGUCGACGAAUACCAACAGCAGCGCGGGGGUCCUGACUCCGGAUCGGGAAUGGGUGCCUUCGGCUUGGGGUUACGAUCGGGAGACCUUUGAUCCGGAUAGGGAGCUCGACGAUGACGAAGAGGAAAUGAAGCGUGGCAGGACCAAGCUGGUUGUUGAUGGAGACUUCCGAUUCAAAGCGAAACCCCUUGCUACAGAACACGAUGACGAGUCAAACGACAGCGGUCGCGACGAACAGCAACGCUUCUCGACAUCCCUCACUUGGGCCACCUUCUAAUUGCCACCUUCCUGAAAUCGUUUCUCGCCAGCACCACCACUCCUUCGGCCGGAGCCAUCAUCCCCGCCCCUACACUUUGACUUUUCGUUCUAUCCUACUUGCUACGCGGUCUCCUCCAUACCAAUCGCGCAUACGUCAAUGUGCUAAUAGACUCUAUAGACGUGCUGUACACUCCGUGUACCUUUUGUUCUCUCCAACCGAAAUCGACCUUGUAAUUCGUCUUUCACACCAUAGU